GUAGGUGUGAAACGGUGACUGUGAUGGAAAUUAUAAAACUACUUCAAAAUUUUAUAAAGACAAAUGGAACAAGAAUAGAUAUCCAGUAGCAUUCCAUAGUCUGGUUGGGGACAGGGUUUGUCGAGAGAGGGGUGGGUGAGCCGGAAAUGGAGCCCUGGGGCCCAGUUCUCUUAAGGCGCCCGCCUGACCCGAAGGGGCGAUAGUUGUAACAUCACGAGAUGUGAGGAGGGGGGCCCCGGGCAGGACUCAAGGACCCGUAAUUUCUCUCGCCAGCUCCGCGUGAGGAUCGAGGAUUUUUCUCAGGGGUGGUCCGGCCUUGGACAGCAUGCUACAAACACAACCUUUGAAAAGUGUGCCGACAGAAAUUGAGGUGGGGGAGGGGCCCUCCUCUAGGCAGCAAGACAACGGUGCGGGUGCGGCAGAAGACAUAUGACAUGACAGCACAUAUGAUAUGACUCCAUGCUUAGGUGUUCCUCCCACGGAAAGGCAUUCGGACAUGCAGUGUUCUAUGCAAUUUGGAAUUCAGUUACUACCUCUUCCUUUCACGGAAUGGUUCUUACCAUUUUCACUGUCAAAAUUUAGGAUUUCACCUUUGCAUGGGUGAUAAUAAUGAGUAUGACUGAUUUUUUUAAAAUCAUAGCAUUAGCGUUACCGUCGACUUGCUUCAAUAGUUAGCACAUAUUACGUGUUCCUACUUGGCCAACGACCUUUGUUUCCUCGAAUAUCGCUGCAGGAAUGUAAUGUUUUGUCUCUCGACACGAAGCGUCGUCUGCUGCCAUGACGCAGCCAGUGUCGGCAGCGCGCGCAGCGGCGCUAUUUUGGAUUUCGGUUUGCACGUUGUGUUGUGUUGUCUAUUUCCAGUUUCCAGCCAGCACGCUGACCUGCUGUGCUUCCUCCAAGGAAGUUUGAAUGGAUUCGAAUGCCUCAAAAUUCGGAUGAACACAGCAGCACGCGCACUCGACUUCUCAGGUCUUGGGCUGUCUCGAAAAGACUAAGUAGGCCACAGAAAUGGCACAGCAGUAUCCUGUGGUUGGCCACUGGCCGGACGGGGCCCUCGUACAACUACAAAAUUGCUGCAUUCUCCGGGACCACCAGUUGAUAAAGGAAGAUCUAUGGAUCCGCGACCAUGUCUUUGUGAACCCUGAGCCAAUUUUCUUUGACGAAAAGGUUAUUGCGAGUGUUCGGGUGGACUGUAAAGGAGCUACCAUUGCUCCAGGUUACAUGGACCUCCAAAUUAAUGGUGGCAUGGGGCUUGACUUCUCGCACAGUGUGGACACAAUCGAAGAUGCAGUUAAAAAGGUUGCAAAGGGUAUCCUUCCUUUUGGCGUCACUUCUUUUUGCCCGACAGUUGUAACGUCGCCCCCAGAGGUGUAUAGAAAGGCUUUGAGCAAGGUAAAGAAAUCCAACGGCAGCGUGCUUGGAGCUGGAAUUUUAGGUCUUCACUUGGAAGGUCCAUUUAUAAGCAAGCACAAAAAAGGGGCCCACAAGUUACAGCUGAUACAGACUUUUGAAGAUGGAGGCUUCGAAGCUGUCAACAGGGUAUAUGGUGCAUUGGACAAUGUUGCCAUCAUUACGAUAGCGCCGGAGCUUGAUCCGGAUGGUGUAGUCAUCAAAGGGCUUGUGGAUAAAAACGUGACCGUUUCGAUAGGUCAUUCAGAAGCAAACCUUGUUCAAGGAGAAAAGGCUGUACAGGAAGGGGCGACAUUCAUAACUCACCUCUUUAACGCCAUGCUUCCUUUUCACCACAGAGAUCCAGGGUUAGUGGGGUUGCUCACGUCAAAGAAGCUCCCUGACCAGAAGCAGGUGUUUUAUGGAAUUAUUGCGGAUGGCAUUCAUACGCAUCCUGCAGCGUUACGCAUUGCGUAUAAGACACACCCAAGAGGUCUGACACUGGUGACAGAUGCAAUGUCUGCCAUGGGACUCGAGACUGGCAUACACUAUAUUGGAGAGAACAAGGUAGAAGUUGUUGGAAAGAAGGCCGUCAUAGCCGGCACGACGACACUUUGUGGAAGCAUCGCUACGAUGGACUUUUGUGUGCGGUUCUUAAUGAAGUCAACAGGGUGCACCAAAGUGGAAGCAUUGGAAUCUGCCUCUUUACAUCCAGCGGAAGUGCUGGGGAUCCAGAAGAAGAAGGGAACCCUUGACUUUGGAGCAGAUGCAGAUUUUGUUCUGUUGGAUGAUGACUUGCAUGUGCUUUCCACUUGGAUUGCAGGCGAAUGUGUGUGGGAGAAGGAGCCCGGAAAAUUGCGUUACGUGGAGGCGCCACAGUGACCUUCAAUCUAUGUUUACGUUAGACAUUAUUAUUUUUGAAGUUCGAAAGGGAGUUGUGUUGUUUGUUUAGUGGUGGAGUAAACGGUGAAAUGCG